AUGGCAAAUGGUUUGGUUCCAUUUCAAUUUCCUAGACUUACAAAAGAGAAUUGUGAGAAUUGGGCAAUUAGAGCCUUGCUAGGAUCACAAGAUGCUUGGGAGAUAGUUGAGAAAGGUUAUGUAAAGCCAGAAGAUGAAACUUCUUUGCCCACUCAAAGGGAUACCUUGCAAAAGGCUAGGAAGAAGGGAUUUAGACCUCCUUCCCUUCUGCCCACUCUCCAUUCACACGGUUCUCAAAGCGGAGGAGGAAGGGUGAGCAGGAGGUACCACGAGCCCUCUGCCCCACACAUCUAUCCAAAAGCAAGUGUAGUUCAUCGGUUUCAGCGAAUGCUCUUAUCUCUCGGCAAAGAUCGUGUGAGUGUGCAGUUAUGCUUUGGAUGCUUCGCCAGAAUAGAUAGAGUCAGUUCCCGUUCUUUUCUAGUGUACUCGCUUUAAAUCUCCGACACACAAGGAAAGACACGGUGGGAAGAAAGUAGCCCUAGCCUCUGUCCGGCCAAUUAUUCCGCUGGCAUCUCGCAUUCACGCCCUCGUUUGACGGCCGCUCGGGGAUGUAGUUGUAGAUAUGUUAGUCUUAGUGGGUCGUUGGCUCCACCUCUUAUCUCCUUCUACGACAUGCUGUUGUCGUUGCCAUAUUCUAUAUGUCACUUAGUCAUCUUUGCUUCGCUGCGGGUCAGCAUCUCCGAAAGAAACGGAGGAAUUCAUUCAAUGACUCCUCGAUCGCCCUCUAAAUGAUCAAAAUAA